AUGGAAAAUCCAUAUUCCACAAAAAGCCUUAAGCGAAAUCGGAAAAAAUCCCCGAGCACAAUCCUUUCAAUUUCCAGCAAUUCUGACUCCUCCGACCUCCAGCCCAGCUCAAAUCACAUUUUGCCUCUCCCUUCUUCUAACGCCACAACUCUCUCUGAACGAAGUGAGCUUGCAAAAAUUGCCAAAGAGCUUAAAGAAGAUUCAAAAACGCACUCCCCAAUUUCCUUAUCAGACAGUGACAGUGAUAUCUCAAUCAGUUUUUUAAGCACCCACUUACAGAACAUUAAAGAAACCCACUCAAGUCCUCUGAAAAUCCAAACAGAGGACUUAAGCAGAAAAAUUAAAACGAGCCUCCAAGAUUUAAGAAAAGAGGCAAACCUUUAUAUGGACAGCAGCCAUCGAGUGCUGAAAGAGCUUUCUUCUGCUAAUAAAAGAAUGAAAGAAAGCGUCUUGUCAUGCCAAUCUGAUGGAAAAUCGAAUUCUCCAGCGUCUAACCAAUAUUUAAGAAGCUCUUUUGCUUUUAAUUGUUCACCGGAGUCAUUUAUACAGGAACAAGUAAGAAAUUUGCAGAAGGAUAUACAGCUGAUGCAAAUUAGACUAACGGAAAGCGAAAUAGCAUUGCAUAAUAAAGGACAGGAAAAUAGCCAACUGAAAGAGGUGCUGAAAAUGAUUGAACUUAAAUUGAAUGGAAAUAAAGAGCUAAUAGUCGAAACGGAGGAAAAACGUAUUGGGUGCUCGAAAAAAUGCGAAAUAAUGUAG